GCCCCACUCGAGCGUCCUCAGUACCGGGGGCUCGCGAGUCCUGAGGGGAGGAGGCGAGCCAGGGGCCGGGCACUGAGCUCUUUGGCGCCCCCACCCGCGUUUUUGGAGCCCUCCACGCUGCGGCCGCUGUCCCCUCCGGACCAUGGCCGACGACGACGUGCUGUUCGAGGAUGUGUACGAGCUGUGCGAGGUGAUCGGCAAGGGUCCCUUCAGUGUUGUACGACGAUGUAUCAACAGGGAAACUGGGCAACAAUUCGCUGUAAAAAUUGUUGAUGUAGCCAAGUUCACAUCAAGUCCAGGGUUAAGUACAGAAGGUAAGAGAUGGAUUUCAAAUCUAAAGCGGGAAGCCAGUAUCUGUCAUAUGCUGAAGCAUCCCCACAUUGUAGAGUUAUUGGAGACAUAUAGCUCAGAUGGAAUGCUUUACAUGGUUUUUGAAUUUAUGGAUGGAGCUGAUCUGUGUUUUGAAAUCGUAAAACGAGCUGAUGCUGGUUUUGUAUACAGUGAAGCUGUAGCCAGUCAUUACAUGAGACAGAUACUGGAAGCUCUACGCUAUUGUCAUGAUAAUAACAUAAUUCACAGGGAUGUGAAGCCCCACUGUGUUCUCCUCGCCUCAAAAGAAAACUCGGCACCUGUUAAACUUGGGGGCUUCGGGGUAGCUAUUCAAUUAGGGGAGUCUGGACUUGUAGCUGGAGGACGUGUUGGAACACCUCAUUUUAUGGCCCCAGAAGUUGUCAAAAGAGAGCCUUAUGGAAAACCUGUAGAUGUCUGGGGUUGUGGCGUGAUCCUUUUUAUCCUGCUCAGUGGUUGUUUGCCUUUUUAUGGAACCAAGGAAAGAUUGUUUGAAGGCAUUAUUAAAGGAAAAUAUAAGAUGAAUCCAAGGCAGUGGAGCCAUAUCUCUGAAAGUGCCAAAGACCUAGUGCGUCGCAUGCUGAUGCUGGAUCCAGCUGAAAGGAUCACUGUUUAUGAAGCACUGAAUCACCCCUGGCUUAAGGAGAGGGAUCGUUAUGCCUACAAGAUUCAUCUUCCAGAAACAGUAGAGCAACUGAGGAAAUUCAAUGCAAGGAGGAAGCUAAAGGGUGCAGUACUAGCAGCUGUGUCAAGUCACAAAUUCAACUCAUUCUAUGGGGAUCCCCCUGAAGAGUUGCCAGAUUUCUCAGAAGACCCUACCUCCUCAGGACUUCUAGCAGCAGAAAGAGCAGUCUCACAGGUGCUAGACAGCCUGGAAGAAAUUCAUGCACUUACAGACUGCAGUGAAAAGGACUUAGAUUUUCUACACAGUGUUUUCCAGGAUCAGCAUCUUCACACACUACUAGAUCUGUAUGACAAAAUUAACACAAAGUCUUCACCACAAAUCAGGAAUCCUCCGAGUGAUGCAGUACAGAGAGCCAAAGAGGUAUUGGAAGAAAUCUCAUGCUACCCUGAGAAUAAUGAUGCGAAGGAACUAAAGCGUAUUUUAACACAACCUCAUUUCAUGGCCUUACUUCAGACUCACGAUGUAGUGGCACAUGAAGUUUACAGCGAUGAAGCAUUGAGGGUCACACCUCCUCCCACUUCUCCCUAUUUAAAUGGUGAUUCUCCAGAAAGCGCCAACGGAGACAUGGACAUGGAGAAUGUGACCAGAGUUCGGUUGGUCCAGUUCCAAAAGAACACGGAUGAACCAAUGGGAAUCACUUUGAAAAUGAAUGAGCUAAAUCAUUGUAUUGUUGCAAGAAUUAUGCAUGGGGGCAUGAUUCACAGGCAAGGUACACUUCAUGUUGGUGAUGAAAUUCGAGAAAUCAAUGGCAUCAGUGUGGCCAACCAAACAGUGGAACAGCUGCAAAAAAUGCUUCGGGAAAUGCGAGGAAGUAUCACCUUCAAGAUUGUGCCAAGUUACCGCACUCAAUCAUCGUCCUGUGAGAGAGAUUCCCCCUCCACUUCCAGACAGUCCCCUGCUAAUGGUCAUAGCAGCACUAACAAUUCUGUUUCGGACUUGCCAUCAACUACCCAACCAAAAGGACGACAGAUCUAUGUAAGAGCACAAUUUGAAUAUGAUCCAGCCAAGGAUGACCUCAUCCCCUGCAAGGAAGCUGGUAUUCGAUUCAGAGUUGGUGACAUUAUCCAGAUUAUUAGUAAGGAUGAUCACAAUUGGUGGCAGGGUAAACUGGAAAACUCCAAAAAUGGAACUGCAGGUCUCAUUCCUUCUCCUGAACUUCAGGAAUGGCGAGUAGCUUGCAUCGCCAUGGAGAAGACCAAACAGGAGCAGCAGGCCAGCUGUACUUGGUUUGGCAAGAAAAAGAAGCAGUACAAAGAUAAAUAUUUGGCAAAGCACAAUGCAGUGUUUGAUCAAUUAGAUCUUGUUACAUAUGAAGAAGUAGUAAAACUGCCAGCAUUCAAAAGGAAAACACUAGUCUUAUUAGGUGCACAUGGUGUUGGGAGAAGACACAUAAAAAACACCCUCAUCACAAAGCACCCAGACCGGUUUGCGUACCCUAUUCCACAUACAACCAGACCUCCAAAGAAAGAUGAAGAAAAUGGAAAGAAUUAUUACUUUGUAUCUCAUGACCAAAUGAUGCAAGACAUCUCUAAUAAUGAAUACUUGGAGUAUGGCAGUCACGAGGAUGCGAUGUAUGGGACAAAACUGGAGACCAUCCGGAAGAUCCAUGAGCAGGGGCUGAUUGCAAUACUGGACGUGGAGCCCCAGGCACUGAAGGUCCUGAGAACUGCCGAGUUUGCUCCUUUUGUUGUUUUUAUUGCCGCACCAACUAUUACUCCAGGUUUGAAUGAGGAUGAAUCUCUUCAGCGUCUGCAGAAGGAGUCUGAUAUCUUACAGAGAACAUAUGCACACUACUUCGAUCUCACAAUUAUCAACAAUGAAAUUGAUGAGACAAUCAGACAUCUGGAGGAAGCCGUCGAGCUCGUGUGCACAGCCCCGCAGUGGGUCCCAGUCUCCUGGGUCUAUUAGGCCUCUCCCCAGAUAUGACACAUAACUGGGAACCACCUCAUACAUGGAAACGCCUCUUUGUUAUCGGCCUUGUGUCAGCAGGUCGUGGUCCCUAGAGACUACCUAGUUGUAGUGUGACCUACAUUUAUAAUUAUUGUCAUGUCAGAAUAGGUAGGAGGAGAAAAACAAUUACACACUAAUUUAAAGAGACAGUAUCUUUUUUAAUCAGUUAUCCUAAACUUUAAUAAAAUGUAUCUUUAAAUGUAUGUAUUAUUCAAUCCUUUGGAAUGUUAUAUUUUUGGAAAUCAUAGCUUUUUAUUUCCAAGGCCCCUAAAAACUGCACAAAAUAGAUGCUGCUUUCUAUAAUCUAUUUUAAUAAUAAUAAACAAUGAUUCUGUUACCUUGACUGGGGGUGGAACACUACAUUCUUUUUAGAGUCUGAUUUUAUGAAUUGGAAUAUCUUUCUUUCCUUUAUUUAUUUUAAAUAAUCAGUCUAGUGAUUACAAAACAGUCAUAAAUUUUUAAAGGCCUUUUUUCUCUCUUUUUUUUUAGAAUAGUAUUUUUUUUAAGUCCUUUAUGUAACAUCCAGAUAAUGUGAUACUGUCUCUUUGAAGCACCCUGUAAACCUUUUAGAGAUUUGAAGUUGGGUCUUGACUCUUAAUGCAUGUGGACAGUCGCGAGCGUUUAUGCCGUCGGUGUGUCUGUGUUGGACAAAACGAUCUGUAAUCUACAGCCAAGUACAUUCCGUUCACGGGGCACACCCAGGGGAAUAAGAAUCAAAUGCUAUUAUGACUAAGUUGUAAACCUAUGCACAUCCCUUGCAUUUUGGGCAACUUUAUAAAAAAAAACUGAUUUUUAUUAAUAAUAAUCAUGUAGUGAAAUGUGUUUGUAAUUUUGUCUCAAUUUAAUUUGUUGUAAGGUGGGAGGGGGAAUUGCUGGUUUCACCAUUUCAGAUCUGUGUUGUCUGAGAGUACUAACGUUUUAAUUAAGCAAAGAAAUGAGGAUUUUUAAUACGUAUGUAAUUGUUUUAAAGCACCCAUUUUAAGAGAAUAUACUGUGCAAUGAAGAAACCAGUUUAGGCAUUUGCUAUAAACUGAAUUAUUCCAAAAGAAUAAUCAAUCUAUAACAGCCCUGUAAAUUCCUUUAAAAUGAUAACAGGACAGUUUGACCAAUUUUUUUUAAAUAUACUUCCUUUUAUGUGUUCAAUAAUUAAAUGCCUUUGGGUCCUUCAUUUCAUUAUAGGUUUGUUCAGAUUCACAAGCCGAUAAUCUUCUAGAUUUUAUAAUCCAUUAGAUGCUCAUUGAACCAUCGAAGGCCCAGGAGUGACUAUCAGUUGGCAGGACAACAAAAUACUCUGCCAGAGCGCAGCUCAGACCAUGCGUGGCUCCCAGAGCACAUGCAAUGCACCCAAGGGCCACCAGUGCACUAGAGGCCAUCUGUGGUUUCUCCUUCCUCUUGCUAUAUCCCUUGGCACAGGAGAAUCAUCUUUCCUUGUUGCUUUAGAGACAUUAACCAUCUCAUCACCCUUCCAUGAGGUCACGUCCUUCCAAUAUAGGAGAUUCAGGCUGGGGUUUUCUGACUCUUGGCCAGAGGUCAGUGGAAGGUUUUUCAUUACAGUAUCAGGGUGUGUGCAGUGGUUCUAUUAACCUAUGAUCUUUGAAAAAGUACCAUCGUGUUUGCUUCUUGUCGGUUAGACAGGCUCGUUGCUUUGUGCCUUGGCAGGAUGUGCAGGGUGUGUUCUGAGCUGAACAGCUACUCUUGAAGGACCACACAGAGAAGACAUUUGUAUACUCUUCAAACCGUGUCAUCCCCCCAACACCUACUCUUAUUAAACAGUACUGACGUUUUUCCUCCGAUGUUGUCCUUUGUCAGUGACCAGAUGAGUCUGCAACUUACUAACAAGAUGUUGAGUGAACUGCUUCUGUUGGGGCCCCACAAUAGGGUGACCAAACCACCAAACCCGAGACACCCUGGAUGGAGAGAGAAACCCCAAGAGUUGUUUAGGGCUGUGUUAGGAUUGAUUCAAAUCUGAUGCCAAGGCCAGAUAGUCAUUCCCGUGAUGGUACUGACCACAAUCCAGGCUCUUCUCAGUGUGAAAGGGCCGGCUCUACCUCUUUUCCAAUGAAGCACAAGAAGAACACAGCUAAUAUUUGGGGAACAGAAAUUUCCUCCCUCUGGUAGAAACGCCCAAACCUCCACUUGCCCUUUUAGACCAAAUCUCCAGAGAUGCUGAGAGUGCCUGGCUUAAGCCAUCUGCCAUGUUGAUAAACGUGGAUCAAGCAAAGAAAGAGAAGAGAAAUACUGAAUUAAAUCUGUGGUCCUAGAAUUGAGAAGCAUUGUAGCACCAGUCCUCCCUUCUCGAUGGCUUUAUGCGUCCUUGGGGAAGCACACAGGUAGGCAUUGUUCUUGCCAUUGUGCAGAUGGCAGAACUCCUGCACCCAGAACUCAUUCUGUCUGAUUUCUCAAAGAGGUCAUCUGUUCCAUUCCACUAAUACAUGUCUUCUCUAAAGCAGUGUCUUUAUGACCUAGCAGCAAAUACUUAAAUAUCUGAAUUCAGAGUAAUUUCAGCACAUUGCUGCUGCUGCUGCUGCUGCUACAUUACAAUUGUCCACUAAGCUGUCAGAAAAAUGCUAAAAAGCUUCUUUAUUCCUUCUAUCAGCAAAAUCAUCUUCUUUUCCUUUUAAAUACCAGAGAGAAUGAUUAGAUUAUUAAAUCUUAUCACCGGUCAAAAGAGGCAUAUCCUGAGGGUUCUCAACCCCACCCCAACCCCACUCCCCACAGCAAAAAGGGGGUGUUUUUAAUAUGUUGAAUUAUUUGUUUAAAAGAAGAAAUGUCCUGAUUUUCUAGUCAUAACGCAGUAAUUACUUUGCACAUGCAUUAUAUUCAAUUUUAACACUAAAAAGGAAAAUCACUCAGUUCACCUGGAAGUUUCCCAGUGUCAAAAUAAUAUGGUAGCCCUUAAAAUGCAAUUAAAUGUAUCUCCUGUCAGGUGGGAUGGUUUAAAAUAUUUGCUCAGAGAGGAAAAGAAAUGGAUGACCUACUUCUUGCUUUUUGCAUUCAGGAGGCAUCUUCCAAGCCCAUCCUAUUGGUGGUGGAAUAUCUAAAGAUGCUGUAAAGCUCUCAGCGCACGAAGAAGGCAGUAAGUGGUCCUCUUCCCCAGGUCCAAUUCCAUCUCCCACUGCUGGAGCCAGCCGGUCCAGUGCUACAAUUGUCUUUUUAAAGCCUUUGAUCUCAUUACUGCAGAGGAGGGUUUUUGUUUGUUUUUAAAUCAUUUGUACUUAUCUGUUCAUUAAGGCUUCGAGUUCAUUCCUUGAUAAAGAGUAGCCAUUAGAGCCACACUUUGGGAAACUGACAGGGGAGAUGCCCAGAGUGGACACUGCCCUUUCAGGACAGGCAGCCAAAAGCAAUCUCACUAAUGUGAUGUCCUUUUCUUCAUUUCAGGUCAGUCUCUAAACUUGGUGCAGAGAAAACAUGCUGCUAAAGCUAGCCAGAAAUUUUCUUGACUAAUAAAUUCUUAAUUAUAAUGCCUCCCAUGCUGUCUCCUUGGAAAGAGGAGAAGGCACCUUGCAAUUGGCAUUCCAAAACAAGCCCCUUAAUGUCCUCAUCCCUCCUACUUGUUUCCUACCAUCAAACGUGUGUGUGUGUGUGUGUGUGUGUGUGUGUGUUUGCGCAUGUGUGUUGCGCGGCAGGGAAAGGGGAGGUUGUUCCAGAACUGAACACAGCUUCCUAAUUCCAUCCUCUUUACAAGGGCUUAUGAUACUGAGGCGGAUUAUGGCAUGUUAUAGGUUAAAGGUCCCUGUGCACUUUUCUCUUGUUCUGCACCUCCUAAUUAAUUCUCCUCUUAGAAGGACAUUUUGCUUCUCCCUGCAGUUUACACAAGGGCUACAAGCUUUAAUCAUGAAUCAUUUCAUUUGGUAGAAUUUUACUCCUCUUACCCCUUUCGAAGUAAGGGUUUCCUCUCCGUUUGGUGUCUUCGGUUACAGGACUAUGGUCGUAAGGCUUCAUGCUUGAUUGGCUUUGCCCACACUCCCGUAUCAGUUUGCCUUAAAUUUGGAGCAACUGGAAGUCUCAGGUCUUCCAGCUUAGUGAAGUUUAGCUGUAACAUGCAUCCAGGAAGUGGAAGACAGGGGGAAGUGUAGGUUCAUCAAUCCACAUCCCUUUUAUCUGGUCUUUUCUCUGCCACUCUUGGGCUGCAGAAGGUGGGCAGACCCAGCCCACAGAGGGAGGAGGAGGGCCGUGCCAUCUCUAGGACAGGCACUGCCAAGUCUUAGCUCUUCAGGGGAGAGUUGAAAAACCAGAGCUCCCACCACCUCUCACCUGACCCUCCAUCAACUCUCUUGAACCUGUGCAAAUGGACCAAGCAAAAGAAAAUGGAAAGAGAUGUUUGUCACCACACAGGAGACCUCAUUUCUGGCCCCAAGCACAACUCCAUAUCUGUAUGCUCAGAAACUCAGAACUUCGCUGCCACUUAUGCGUUAGCUCCAUUCUCUCUGACGCGUGGCCGAGGGAACAUGUCAGUGUUCUCACCAAUAGAGGUCUGGCGGUGACGGUCUCGGGACCCACAGGAUGUGCAGUCUCUUAAAAGGAGUUCUGCUUGGGAGGAGAAAUAGGCGUUCCUCCACAGUGAGCGGCCCCUCCUAUUUUUUUCAUUUUGAAGAGACCAAGAAUUAGGGGAAUUGAUUUCCAGUCUCAGCUGUGUCCUGGAGUGGCAACCGUGCAGGCAGGUGGGAAAGCUGCAGGGGCAGCAGGCAGGGUUACUGAUGUGAAGGCCACACGAGCCUCACGUGCUCAGACCAGAGCAUCACGUUUAAUUGCAAUGCAGGCGCGUCGCCAUUCAAACUCAGUUCUGGGGUUGUUUUGCAUAAAGUUUUGCCAACGUGUUCUUUUUUCUGUAUGUAUAAUUGCCUUUUUAUAAAAGGUUUUGAAGUAUUGUCUCAGUGAUAAAAAGAGAGCAAUGUUAAUGGUUGUUGUAUAUUUCACCGUAUCCAAUUGUAAGUAUUUGCAGGGUACAGCAAAGCCUUAGCGUGCAAGAGCGUUUGUGCAGGAGGUGUCCUUCAACACCCAGGAGGUGAAGGGAUCGGAAAGGUUCGGAUUCUCUGUAAAUGUCCCGCUUUUCUUUCUCUCUGUGCGUAUCUAUUUACAUGCCUUAGCACAUGCCCUCCCGCCCUGAUCCCUUUGCCCUGUCGUCAGAACUACCAGAACGCUGGUGCACUGCCAGUACAGUACAAGUCAAUGGAACCCUAAUCAGUUAUCUCUUGUGUGACAGGGGAGGAAGAGAAACUCCAUAGUAUUCCUUGUAGAAUAUACAUACUUGUAGGAUGCUGUGUAAUGGGAAAACAUAGAAUUGGGUUUUUGUCAUUUCAAAGUUGGAGAAAUGUAUGAAUAAAAUGUAUAAAACA